AAAUAAAUAUUCCCCAUGUAAUGUUAAUUGGGAGCUAACAUGGCUGCCAUAGAAUGUUGAAGUGUCAUGUAAAUGCAUCGUAAUGCAGAAACCUCUUCAAACUGUAUUGUUUUUGGUACGGUAGCUACUCCGUCAGCCACAGGCAGAAGGGCUGUACAGGGAAAGGGAGGGCUGACGGCGAGGAAAAGUGGGGAGAGAGGAGAGGAAGAACUCGGGGCCUGACCACCACAUCUCUUCAUGCGAACUCGGGGCCUGACCACCACAUCUUUUCAUGCGAAGAAACUACACUGUCAAAAACUCCUGUUGUUGGUCAUCCGAAAACGACUCUGGCCCGGGCCCGAGUCCGCGGUCUUGAGUUAGAUAGCCGAGUGUGAUUGAAGCACGUCUAUCGGUGUCCCAGCACGUCUUUUCCACCAAGGAGGUAGUAAUGGGUGACAGCAGAGAUUCCCGCAGCCCAGACAGCUCCUCUGUGUCCUCCCCUCCCUCGGGCCAGCGCUCACCACCCCUGACCCCCACAGCUGCCGCCAUGACUUCUCUGCCGCCCGUCACCUCGGCCGUCAACAGCCCCAUCAGCAGCAUGGGCUCGCCCUUCUCUGUCAUCAGCUCCUCCCUGGGGUCGCCCUGUCUGCCCGGGACACCCUCGGUGGGCUACGGCCCCAUCAGCAGCCCCCAGAUCAAUAUGUAUACCAGGAGUGCAGAGAUCAACUCCACAGUUUCCAUGUCGGGCCUGCACGCGGUCAGCAGCUCGGAUGACGUGAAGCCUCCGUUCGGGCUGGGAGGCCACAGCCCAGGGGGCCCCAUGCUCUCCCAAAAGCGCCUGUGUGCCAUCUGUGGUGACCGCUCCUCCGGUAAGCACUACGGAGUGCACAGCUGCGAGGGCUGCAAGGGUUUCUUCAAGCGCACGGUACGCAAGGACCUGAGCUACACCUGCCGGGACAACAAGGACUGCCUGGUGGACAAACGCCAGCGCAACCGCUGCCAGUACUGUCGCUACCAGAAGUGCCUGGCCUGUGGCAUGAAGAGGGAAGUGGUCCAAGAUGAACGACAGAGAUCCGUGCAGGAAGAGCGCCAGAGGAACAAGGAGCGGGAGAGCGAGGUGGAGUCGACCAGUGCCGUCAACGAGGAGAUGCCCGUGGAAAAGAUCCUGGAGGCCGAGAUGGCCGUGGAACAGAAGACCGAGCUGCAUGCAGACGGGAGCUCCGGGGACAGCUCGGUAAAUCCCAACGACCCAGUCACCAACAUCUGCCAGGCUGCAGACAAGCAGCUGUUUACCCUGGUGGAGUGGGCCAAGAGGGUCCCCCACUUCUCUGAGCUGGCCCUGGACGACCAGGUCAUCCUGCUACGUGCCGGUUGGAACGAGCUGCUGAUCGCUUCCUUCUCUCACCGCUCCAUCAGUGUGAAGGACGGCAUCCUAUUGGCCACCGGCCUACACGUGCACAGGAACAGCGCCCACAGUGCCGGUGUGGGAGCCAUCUUCGACAGGGAGAGUGCGCACAAUGCAGAGGUUGGAGCCAUAUUUGACAGAGUUCUCACUGAGCUGGUCAGUAAGAUGAGAGACAUGCAGAUGGACAAGACCGAGCUCGGCUGCCUCCGAGCCAUCAUCCUCUUCAACCCAGAUGCUAAGGGCCUGUCCAGCCCAAGUGAAGUGGAAUUGCUGAGGGAGAAAGUGUACGCAUCGCUGGAGUCCUAUUGUAAACAGAGAUACCCGGACCAGCAGGGCAGGUUCGCUAAGCUCCUCCUCCGGCUGCCAGCGCUGCGCUCCAUUGGCCUGAAGUGCCUGGAGCACCUGUUCUUCUUCAAGCUGAUUGGCGACACCCCUAUCGACACAUUUCUCAUGGAGAUGCUAGAGGCGCCCCACCAGCUGACCUAAGAACCAGGUUCUGCCCUGGUCCAUUUUGCACCAGGGGUUCUAGUUCUGGCACCCUGGUUCUGGGGCUUCACCAUGUCUGCUGGUUUUGAUGUCCCACUCACACCAACCCCACCACCCCUUCUUCACCCAUAACCCCCUCCCCCAAGCUUAUACAGCUCCGAAAGACCAUAUGCUGUCAAACACACAGAAGCAAACACUUUUUCACAGUAGAGGUUAAGACACAUUGAAGUAUCUCCUUUCUAACGGCAUAUACACGUUUUAUCAUGAGUUAUCCUUCAGUUGGCAGCCUCCAGCUUUGAGUGUAAACGCUUCUGCGAAUCCGGUAGACCUCUCAGCUUCUUGUGGGGUUCGUAGGUUAUUCAGAUACAUUGCUGUGCGCAUAGAUAUGACGAGUGGCUUACUCCGUCUUAGGCUUUACUCUUGGGUUUAACCCAAACGCGUCAUGAUCAGGUGCGUAAUAUUUCAAUCAACUGUCACCCAACUUCUAUUGGUCAGGACACAGCCAGUAGAGGCAGACACGCCCCUCUGAGUUCACCAAUCCGAAUGUGAUUUGAAUAGUAUGCUUUAUUCAUGCUUAAAUGCGCUGAAUUCAUUCUAAAGUACUGUACUCUUAAAAUGAGACCUUUUUAAGGCAUUGAAAUCCAAGGAGGGGGCACUUUGGUUCGCCCUUAAAGCUCACACCAGGCUUUCAAAGAGAAACUGACUUGUAAAGAUGUGUUCUUUGUUGCAUGUUGCUGUUUGUUCUCUAAGUCCAAACAAGGGCCAUUGGGCACAGGAAGUGAGUGCAACCUUGUUCAAGAGCACUGCGUUCAUUGGUGCUGUUGUAGAUGUUUCUUUUUGUUUGAUACCCUCUACUUUGCUAAUGGUCAUUUUUGCACUCUGUGAAACAUUACUGUGUAAGUAAACAUUUGUUGCAGAAACCUAUCUGCCCAGCUUUUAAGAAACUGGGGCAACCACAACGAAUCUCUCCAUCUCUCAUCAUAUGUCUUCUCAAGAGCCAAGGUGUUAAUGGCCGUGCUUCGUUCUGUGAAAGCCUUGAUAUCAUUAGAUAUCUUGUUCCAGUGGUCUAGUGUACCCCCUACAACUCCCCUUCUACAAUAUGUAAAUAAGAUGACACAUCUGCUCCUUCACUAGAGCGCGACUGGGCAAUCCCAAUAUGUGCAUACAGUAGGGAAAACACAGGGGUUAGCAAGCAUAUUAGCACACAACAAAAAGUAUUCCCCGAUUAGCAAUAUGAACAGAUAUUGUACACAUUCAAUAUGUACUGUAAAAAAAAAAUAUAUAUAUAUAUAUAUAUAUAUAUAUAUAAUUGUAAAGGGUUUUACCCAUAGACUGGAUUUUAAGCUUGAAAACCCCACCUUGUUGUCACUGACUAUUAGGUCUAGUUGUUGUGCUAGUAGUUCCGUCACUCUUGACGCGAUGGUAUUCUAUAGGGCUGCUGUGUCACGGGCAGGGCGAUAGAUCCCGCCCCCUUAGCCUGCCCAGCCUGUGACAAUACUUUGUGUUUUAUUGUGGAGUUGAUUGGUUGGCUUCAGCCGAUGACCCUGCCAGCCAUCUACCGUGACUGUAUUGUGUGGUCUGCUUACACAAAGCUAAGCAAUAGGGGCCGAUUCAGCUCCCCCCCAUAACAGAACUAGCUGUCAACACAUUAGAUACAAACUUUGAACUGAAAUAUUAAAAGGGCAUCGUUACACACAACGUGAGCAAUAUUGGCGGAUGCAUAACGAUUGAGACCAUAUUGUGUGCAUAGAAGGAUUUAGAUGUGUGGGUCGUUUAUGAAGUAUUUGGAGAUUGGUAUUAUUUACCAUUCAGAACAAAAAUUAGGAUGUAGAAUAGAGAUUGCUGUAUCGCUUACUGGACAGAAGUUCAACUGUCCUAAAGUUGGGUGCUACACGACUCAUGGUCUUACAAUUAUAGAUGUGCGUGUUUACACCAGUGGAGGCUGGUGGUAGGCGCUGUAGGAGGAUGGGCUCAUUGUAAUGGCUCGAAUGGAAUUUACAUUUUAGUAAUUUUAGAAGACGCUCUUAAGCAGAGCGACUUAGAGGAGCAAUUAGGGUUAAGUGCCUUGCUCAAGGGCACAUCGGCAGAUUCUUCACCUAGUUGGCUCAGGGAUUAGAACCAGCAACCUUUCGGUUACUGUCCCAACUAUCUUAACCGCUAGGCUUCCUGCCGCCCGUUCAGUAGAAUGCUGUCAAACACGUUGUUUCCAUGUGUUUGGUACCAUUCCAUUUAUUCCAUUCCCGCCAUUACAAUGAGCCCGUCCUCAUAUAGCUCCUCCCACCAAUGCAAACGCAGUACACAAACAAAACGCUAAGAGUGUGCAAGUACACACCCUCCACCUUUUUUCCCUCUUGAAACUGAGGUCUACUUAGAAUAGGAUUCCCACUCGGCCGUACUCUUUUCAGCCGAUCCCCUACAUUGACUUGCAGUCAGCCCUUUCUGGCGGGAGAGGAACACCUCCCCCAUGUAAUGUGGAUAUGGAGGAUGAUACCUGUCUAACAGGGUGUCCUACUCCAAGCCUGUGAACAGGCCGUGGGAGCACUGUAGACCAUUUACAUGCCCGUCGGGUUUAUGUACGUCUAUACAUGUGAAUAUACACGCUCUGUUCCUCAGUGUCCAGAUUGCGAAUGUAGAGAAGAGCUGCGUCGCUUGUUGUUGCAUCCCGAUUUCAGAGCUCUGAAUCGAAUUCGGAAUCAGUCUCUGCAGAAUAAAAUGAAUGAGUAGAACUCGAGAUCAGUCUUAACGAAUUUAGUCCCACAGGGUAGAGUAUCUUAUCUGUGUAUCCCCAGUGUGAACCACGAUGUUGGCAACAACCCCUCGUGUAAUUCCCUCGUUUUUUGGGGGGAGCUUCCUCAGUUGAAUGUGAACGCAUUUCAAUCUCCCAUUUCUUAACACUAGAAAAGCCUGGCCUUGAGGGACCCCUCUUCAAGCCAAAACGAAGUCUUUGACUCCAACAUUCUAACAGUCUAAUAAAUUAAUUUCAUAUAUGCUAUUGGGAAAAUAAUAUUUUGCUUGUGUUUAUGAAGGUCUUAGGUAACAGAAUGCCAAAAAAAAUAUUAUUUCAAAGAACAAAAUAGCAUUUUCAUUAGUUUGUUACUGUAGGCUAUAUGUUUUAUCAUGCUCAAGUGUAGAGCUCAUGGAACAGAGGUCAUUAUUGGAAAAGUGAUAUUUUGAAAUAGAGCCAAUUUUGGAUACUAUAUAGAAAUCAGUCUUACCUGCAUGUGACUCCGUAGGAGGAUUUGAAAAGGUCACUUGUCGCUCCGAAAAAUAUAUAUCCUCUUUUUAAAACUGCUUAUAACACAAAAUGCUAACAUGCGUGUGUUAAAUAGACAUAUUUAGGAAAAGUCAGACUGAGGGAGGCAUGACUUUAAAAAUGGCAGAGAUAUUUAAAUGUCAUAUUUAGUCAAAAUGACUCACUUGCCUCUUCUAGUGCUGUAACAGUGCAUUUUAAAGUGAAUCCCUUGUUAUGCUGUGUCUUGUCCUAUAAAAUUCAGUUUAGCUGUGAGCAGAGAUUACUUCGUAUACGUAUAACAGCCCUAUAAGAAUUCUACAGGUUCUAUAAGCUAAGCAUUUUCAGGUUGUUCAGGCAGACAGUUCAUCAGAAGAAGAUUUUUUUGAACUGCCUGUACACUAUGUUUAUGUGCCUGUGUUGAUAUGUCACUAUGCCCACUGUGUACAAUGAAGUCUUGGUCUGGUUAUACCAGCAAGCUUGGGUGUGCUGCAGCAUGGAGAGAGGUUUUCAACAACACAGAAAGAUGCACAGAAGAGCAUGGGCGCAAGCGAAGUGGGGCGUAAAUUUGCGGACACGUUGCCCGGGCCCUUCUCUUCCCUUGCCAACCGAGUGCAGUGUCCCUUUGGUAUUACUUGAUGGCAGUGCUGCGGCGGUCUUCGCCCUUGGAGACAGACCGCCGGCGUGCGGCCCAAAGAUGCGUGUCCCUCGUGACCGCGUGCACUCAAGGCAGACGCCUGGACCUUUUGAUUACGUUCAUUUAUCUUCAACUUACUUAUGAAAUCACUUCCUUAAAAAAAAAAAAAACGCUUCAACUUUUGCAGCCUGUGAAGCUGUUAUGUGUUGGUAUCUAGCGGGAUGCAAUACUUAUUUAAUAGGCACCCUGGUGCAAAGGUCAACUCUAUAAUGAUCAAAACACCCCAUGCGGUUGGUUGGUGCCACCCCUGUGAUGACGUAACACUGCCAAACAGGUGUGAAUGCCAGCGUUGAUGCUGUGCCACGCUGAGGCCCCGUGGCUGACUGUUGAGUAUUCAGAGUGUUGUGCUUUGUCACUAAAGAACUCCCCUUUAUAAGAAAGGUGCCACAGCAAGGGGGAGGGCACUAGUCGGGGUGGUCCCUAUGGUGAUUAUACUGUGCAUUGGUGCUUUUCUUUAAGUGGCCCAAGAGGGCAGAGUUACAAGCUAGGAACGUGCACCGAUAAUUUGGCUAUUUGGAUCACGGUUUUGUCUUCCGUGUCCAGCGCAAACAGGAGUGUGUUAACGUAGAAAAAUAUGCAUUGGACACUGCCAGCAAACCUUGGCUUAAGCUGAGAAAAAAAUUGGAGCCAAUGCAUAGAUCCCAAAGGUGCGCGCUGAAGUCACGUCUCUGCAUAGUGUCCCAUUAUGCAGAUGAACUUGAGGGGAGGGCCACCUCAACAUGCUCAGAGGAGAAUGCGUGCAAACUGGGAUAAGUGCUUAGGAUGGUAGACUUUCACUUGAUCAGAGUUGUUUUGUUGAUCAAGAAAAGCUGUUUUCGUUAGAUCUCGAGAUUUCCUGUCGUUGAUUCCCGCCAAAAUACACUGCUUCUUUGUUGUGCUUGACUCUUUCCUUUGACCGCGCUAUUCAUCUGUCUGUAUUCAGGACUAUUAAACACAUGCAGGAACUGUUAUAUCACAUGGGAGCUUCAGUUUCCUUUUUCUCAUGUCUAUUUUUUUUUGUCAUGUUUUUAUCUCUGACUCCAGCAUACAUGUGGAAAUGAUUGACUGUUGUGUGUUUUGGGGAAGGAAAGUCAUUUUUUUGUCAUUUAAUUUGGAAUCUGUUUCUGUUGUAUCAUGUCCGAGUAAAGGUUUUAAUACUGUA